AUGUCUGUUGUGCAAGCAUGUUGUCGCGAUCAGCGCAAAAUGGGUCAAAUGAUCGAUCAGAUCAAAAUGCUUAGUAGCAAUUUGGACGAGUUACGUGCAGAGAUUAACGCGUUGAAAACUAGUUAUCUUGAAAGUAAAGAGAGUCUUUUACAUGGAAAUGACGUUAGAAAGAGUAGAGACAGCAAAAUUAAUGUUUUGCAUAAAGUAAAGAAGUAUAUGAAAAAAGUGACAAACACAUAUUCGAGGAGGAAAGAACAGAAAUCUGGCAGAAGUCAAAAGGCCCACUAUCCUUGUUCAAAUCUAAACGGUCCACUGCCCUCGUUUUUAGAUUACAUCUUUCGUAUUAAGAAAAAAGGAAGCGAGUGGCAGAUACCCACUACAAUGAAAUACUUAAAAAAUCAGGGCAACCAGACCAAGGAGAAAUUUAAAGUCCAACAGUCUAUGGUAAAAAGCACAACAGUAUCGGCACCGGUAAAAACUAUAUAUCGCGGAUUGUCAUUUACAAAAUUGGCAAAUGAACAAUAUAACAAAGCGAUAUUUCCAACUACUGUUCAAAAACACUCCGAUAUAAGCUGUGAAUUAGAUUUGAAAGUACAAAAUCCAAUGUCUCCGUCUAAUUCCGAGAAAGGCGUAUUUUUCAAAAAUUAUCCAAAGAAUAUCAAUGUAUCUUCGUUGAAUAACAAUAGUAAGCAGUCUGCAACGAAAUCUACGCAAACGAAAAUCGGAAAACCGAGACGGAAAGGUAGAAAUCUGCAUUUUCACUCGAAAUAUCCAAAUCUUUAUUUGUCCAAGAUAAAGAACGCUGUGAUUAUGAAGAAGAUUAUAAGAAACACAAACGAGAGUAUUUUCACAGUGUGUGAAAACAUUGGUAACAGAAAAACUCAUUUAUAUUCGCAGAAAGAAAUUUGCAACCGUUGUUCGUGCAGAAAGCAAACAACUGAUUUUGUUAAUUCAAUCGAUCAAGAAACUAGCGAGCGAAACGUUUCUCUCGAUAAAACUCUAGAAAAAUUGAAAAAUAACGAGACGUGUAAAAGUUUCUUAUUCAACGAAGAACCAGAUUUAUCGUCUUCGUCGAUCUCCGUGGAUUUGGAAGUUAAUAUUUCUAAUAGCAGCACUAAAUUAGAAGACUUUCCGCAACGUAGGAAACCAAGAACAUACGUAGUACGUAAAACAACCGCGAAACAUAAUCAAAAUUGGCUGAAUCACGUCGAAAGGAGUGUCAUUUAUCUAGGACAAACUUCCGACUUGACACUUUCUUCGUGUAACAUUUCUAAUCACAGUGUUUCUUUCAAUUGA